GGUAUAGUGAAUUAAUAGUCGAUACAUGUGGAUGCAUUUUCCCAACUAACCUGUGUUUGAAGUAACUUGAUUUGUGCAACUGCAAAGUAACAUAAAACAAGAUGAAGGAAACAUUAGUCCUGACCGGAUCACUACUUAUCUUCUCAUUAGUUUCACAAACUACAGAAGCUGCUUAUACUAUUGGAGUAGGUAGGGCUGAUUGUACUGGACCUUCUGCGGAGAUAACUUUUAUGGGCUACGCGAAAGCUACCCAAAAAGGUUGUGGAAUUCAUCUGAGGCAGUAUUCAAGGGCUUACAUUUUUGAUGAUGGGUCAAAAAGGGUAUUAUUUGUUACCGUUGAUGCAUGUAUGAUGAAUCAUGGAAUCAGAAAAGAGGUGAUUUCAAGAUUGAGUCAGUCGUAUAACGACACCUACACAUUCGAUAACGUCGUCAUCAGUGGCACGCAUACUCACAGCACACCAGGAGGAUUCAUGGAAGACGUGAUGUACGAUGUCCCUGCCCUUGGUUUCGUGAAGGAAACAUUCGAUGCAUUGGUCGACGGAAUCGUGAGGUCAAUACGAAGAGCUCACAACAAAAUGGUAGACGCUAGAAUCUUCAUCAACUCAGGAGAGGUUGAUGGUGCAAAUAUCAAUAGGAGUCCAGCUUCCUACUUAUUCAAUCCAGAAGAAGAACGACAAAGAUAUGCACACAACACCGACAAAGAAUUAGUCCAAAUGAAAUUCGUGAGCACUGUUGAUAAUCGUACGAUCGGAGCUAUCAACUGGUAUGCAGUGCAUCCCACGUCUAUGAAUAAUACUAACUGCUUAGUGUCGACAGAUAAUGUUGGGUAUGCCUCAAUCCUGUUGGAAACAUCGAGGGAUCCAGACUCAUUACCAGGACAAGGUCAAUUCGUUGGAGCGUUUGCCUCGACCAAUUUGGGGGACGUUUCCCCGAAUACCGACGGACCGAGAUGUCAAAACACUGGAGAGAGGUGUGACAAUCCUAGUAGCACCUGCAACGGCGAAGCAAAGUACUGUGUAGCCGCAGGACCAGGACACAAUAUCUUCGAGAGUACGGAUAUCAUAGCUAGAAUGCUAUACGACAAAGCCACGGAACUAUUGACGAGCGACAAUUCCACCGAAGUAACCGGAGAAAUUCGUUUCAUCCACCAGUUCGUCAGAAUGCCGAAUCAAACAGCACAAUAUCGUAUGGAUAAUGGCACUGUUAUUGAGGUGCGAGGAUGUGCGCCAGCGAUGGGUUACAGUUUUGCUGCUGGAACGACAGACGGACCAGGCGAAUUCGAUUUCACGCAAGCGACCAAGACCAGCAACACCUUCUGGAACCUGGUUAGAGAUUUCAUCUUCCCACCAACUCCUGACGACGUGGCGUGUCAUGCACCAAAACCGAUUCUCAUCAUGUCUGGCAAUAUCAAAAUACCCUACGAAUGGCAGCCCGAAGUGGUCUCCACGCAAAUCCUGAUGAUCGGCAACGCUGUAUUGGCGCCCGUUUCGGGCGAAUUCACUACGAUGUCGGGCCGUCGUUUGAGAGACACCGUCAGGCAGGCGAUCGUAGAUAAUGGCGGACCGAGCGACGCGCGCGUCAUACUUUGCGGGCUCAGCAACGUUUACACCAGCUAUAUCGCAACCUACGAGGAGUACCAAUUGCAAAGGUAUGAGGGAGCCUCAACAAUUUAUGGACCACACACUCUGACGAUCUACUUGAAGUUAUACAAAGAGCUAGCUUCGAACAUGAUGAAUAAUGUAGCGGUGACAUCUGAAGCCUCUCCCUACCAAUUCCCAAAACAUUUGUUGGGCCUUGUCCCUCCAGUGAUCUUCGAUUCCUCUGGUUGGUUCUUCAAUUUUGGAGACUGCAUUCAACAACCACCAUCAGAAGUGACAGUGAAUGACACAGUUGUGGUCAAAUUUAUAUCUGGGCAUCCUCGAAAUAAUCUGCUGCAUGAAUCAACCUUCCUCACUGUGGAAAAGUAUGAAAAUGGCAAAUGGAAAGUGAUUGCUACCGAUUCCAAUUGGGAAACGAAAUUCAUAUGGAGGAGAACGGACUUCGUGAAAGGAUCAAGCGAAGCUGAGAUCAGGUGGCACGUGACCGGAAACGUUGAGCCUGGCACAUAUCGAAUAAGCCAUUUCGGCUUUUACAAAUACAUACUGGGAGGAGUUUUCCCAUACGAUGGUACCACGAGGAAUUUCACUGUGAGAAACUGAGGACUGAUUAGCCCGAAAUGAUUCCAUGGAUAUGUU